AUGCAGGACUCGAGAUACACUCCAAAUCCUCUCCGGCCAUACUACGUCCCUCCAUCCAUUGGAACUGAUCCGCUGCCCAACGCUACCUCGGGUACCUCGAGACCCAGCCCUCCAGGGACUGGUUUCACAUUUCCCGACAUCGACUAUUCCGACUACAUUUCUGAUACCUCGCCGUCCCUCCCGGGAUCAGUCAAAUCAAUAGUUGAUCGCGCAUUAUGGAAAUAUGCAAAUGUCGUGCUUGCACAGCCAUUCGAGGUUGCGAAGCUGAUUCUGCAGGCACGCGUUGCACAAGACGAUGAGGAGGAAGACAAAAAGCCGAAUAGGAGGUACACACACGGCGCAGGAGAAGAGGAAGACACGCACGAGCAUGACGAAUACGACUACGAACAUUCAUCAGAUGACGAACCCAAUUAUUUCACGUCUACUGCGCCCUUUGAGCGAUCGAUAUCCAGCCGCUCGCCAGCUCGUGGUCGGCGUGGGAGGCCACCCCGAGAGACUGCGUCUUCGCGAGCACCUGGUCGCCAUCAGCAAGCGGAUGUGCAAUUACACCUCAAGAACCCUCAUUCACUUCUUGAUGCACUGUCAGCUCUGUCGUCGAGUGGCGGAGCGUUGGCUAUGUGGCGGGCGACGAACUCUACAUUUGUGUACAACAUCCUGACACGGACUUUGGAGAGCUUCUUCAGAAGCUUCCUGGCGGCUGUUCUUGGAGUGGCAGAGAAUGACAUACUCAACACGCCGGCACCGGGAGCAAUUCCCGACAUAUCCAUCCUCACCUCAACCGCCCCGGUAGCCACCAUCAUGAUCAGCACGGCGGCAGCAGCAAUGUCUGCCCUUAUCCUUGCACCUAUUGAUGCAGCCCGAACCCGACUCAUACUCACACCUUCCAGUCAAGAGCCGCGGACACUGCUCGGAACUCUACGGACACUUCCAACUCCAUACCUGAUACCCAGCCACCUCAUCCCUAUCACUUUUAUCACCUCAACUCUGCCGACACUGAUCUCCACAAGCACUCCAGUAUUCCUCAAGACCUAUCUCGGGCUGGAUCCCGUCACUAAUCCCGCUACCUGGAGUGUCGCAACAUUUGUGGGAUCGGCAUUAGAUCUGUCCAUCAAGUUCCCUCUGGAGACUGUCCUCCGUCGAGCACAGAUUGCUACCUGGACAUCUCCAGCGAAUGUGCCGCCUUCUUCAUCCUCUAAACGUAAAGCCAUCACGACCAUUGUUCCGGUACCACAAUCCUACAGAGGGAUCCUUCCGACCUUCUGGAGUAUCGCACGGGAAGAAGGCUACUCUGAGACACGAAAGGACAAAACCGCCGCAUUGAUGGGCAAGGCUCCCAGGCGGAAGAGGAAAGGACAGGGAAUUGAAGGGUUGUAUCGCGGCUGGAGGGUUGGCCUGUGGGGGUUGGUGGGUGUCUGGGGUACAGCAUUUGUGGGAGGUCUGCAAAACGGCAGCGAGUCUGCAACAGCCGAAGCUGGUGUCCACGGUGGAAAGUUUUGA